GCUCGUGCCAAAGCCUCGCGCUCGCGAACUGAAAAUGACACUACUUCCUCCUGUGUCAGCGGCUAAACUACCGUAGCUACGCGUCAGAGCUCCGAAAAGUGGGUUCAACCCGACAGUGGGGCUUUAGAGGUCGCACAUGGAGUUGGGAACGACCACCGACAUCGAGUGGGUUUUGUUCGGCUUCUGGUUUCGGCGCCACUCGACUCCACGGAGGCGGUACAUGGUUGUUCCAGUCAUGAAGGAAGGUUGUAGGACGAUACGUGGCUGGCACUGAGGAGAGAGGAAAGGAGAGAGAGUCCGAGGCUUGUCCAGCCCCCAUUCAAUCAUUUCUUUUAAGCACGCCAUCACAUCUGUGAGCACAUGUUUUCUUGUAACAAAGGUCUAGCUGGCCAAUGCCGGGGCCGACGUGGACACCUGGUGGCGGUAGCAGCAGCGGUAGUGUGUAUGUGAGUGUGGUCCCCGGCGCCUAGCUCAUGUCCAGCCCAAAAUGCCGUCGUCCACACGGAAAGGGGCGGUGAAGGACCCCGAGCUGGCCGACCUCUUCUUCAAAGAUGACCCAGAGGACGUCUUCUGUGACCUGCAUGAAAUCGGUCAUGGCAGCUUCGGGGCCGUCUACUUUGCACGCAACUCCUACUCCAACGAGGUGGUGGCCAUCAAAAAGAUGUCCUAUAAUGGCAAACAGACUACUGAAAAAUGGCAGGACAUCAUUAAGGAAGUCAAGUUUUUGGGACAGCUGCGGCACCCAAACACCAUCGAGUAUAAAGGCUGCUACUUGAAAGACAACACUGCCUGGCUGGUGAUGGAGUACUGCCUCGGCUCCGCGUCAGACUUACUAGAGGUUCACAAGAAACCGCUCCAAGAAAUGGAAAUCGCUGCCAUUACCCAUGGUGCCUUGCUAGGACUGGCUUACUUACAUUCCCAUAAUAUGAUUCACAGAGACGUGAAAGCUGGUAACAUCCUGCUGACUGAGCUGGGUCAAGUCAAACUGGCCGACUUUGGCUCCGCCUCCAUUGCCUCACCUGCCAACUCUUUCGUCGGAACACCUUACUGGAUGGCCCCAGAAGUGAUUUUAGCCAUGGAUGAGGGUCAGUACGAGGGGAAAGUGGACAUCUGGUCUCUAGGGAUCACCUGUAUUGAACUGGCGGAACGUAAACCACCUUUGUUCAACAUGAACGCCAUGAGUGCCUUAUACCACAUCGCACAGAACGACUCACCCACGCUGCAGUCAAACGAGUGGUCCGAUGCCUUCCGGAGCUUCGUUGACUACUGCCUACUGAAAAUUCCUCAGGACAGACCCUCGUCAGGGGAGCUGCUACGACAUGAUUUUGUACGUCGGGAACGCUCGCCGCGCAUCCUCAUCGACCUCAUCCAGAGGACCAAGGACGCCGUGCGUGAGCUGGACAAUUUGCAGUACAGAAAGAUGAAGAAGAUUCUCUACCAGGAGAAACACAACGGGCCGAUGGGAGAGAGCCAAGAGGACGAAGAGGACAGCGAGGCAGCUAGCUCAAAGAUGAACAGCCUGGGCAGCAACCACUCCAUCCCCAGCACCUCGGUCAGCACAGGUAGCCAGAGCAGCAGCGUGAACAGCAUCCAGGAGGUGCUGGACAGCUGCUCCGACAUGACCAUGAUGCACCCCCAGGACUACAGCAGCAACCUGGACAGCAAAAAGGAUCACCAGUAUAACUGGGAUGACGGGAUCCACAGAGACCACCGGCCAGAGCUCAGACCGUCCUGCUCCGACAGGAGCGGCCCGGCCCAGAACUACAAGAACCAGGGCCGCUUCGCCACCAUCAAGUCUGCCUCACUGGUGACCAAACAGAUUCAUGAACAUGAGCAGGAGAGUGAGCUGCGGGAGCAGAUGUCGGGCUACAAGCGGAUGCGGCGGCAGCACCAGAAGCAGCUGAUCGCCCUGGAAAACAAGCUGAAGGCCGAGAUGGACGAGCACCGACUGAAGCUGCAGAAAGAGGUGGAGACGCAGGCCAACAAUGCCUACAUCGAGCUGGAGAAGCUGGCCAAACGCCACGCCGUGCAAACGGAGAAGGAGAUGAAGACGGCGCUUGCAGAUGAGAAGAAGUUCCAGCAGCAGAUUGUGGCCCAGCAGAAGAAGGAGCUGACCACCUUCCUGGAUACUCAGAAGAAGCAGUACAAACUCUGCAAAGAGAAGAUUAAGGAGGAGAUGAACGAGGACCACAGCACCCCCAAGAAAGAGAAGCAGGAGCGUCUGUCCAAGCACAAAGAGAACAUGCAGCAUUCCCAAGCCGAGGAGGAGGCCCAUCUUCUGGCACAGCAGAGGGUUUUCUACGAGAGGAACUGCCGCGCAUUCAAACGCAAAGUCAUGAUCAAGAGGCAUGACGUGGAGCAGGAGCAGAUCCGAGAGGAGCUAAACAAGAAGAAGACCCAGAAGGAGAUGGAGCACGCCAUGCUGAUCCGCCACGACGAGUCCACGCAGGAGCUGGAGCAGCGGCAGCUGAAGACCCUGCAGAAGCUGCGCAUGGAUCUGAUCCGCCUGCAGCACCAGACAGAGCUGGAGAACCAGAUCGAGUACAACAACAGGCGAGAGCGAGAACUUCACCGCAAGCACGUGCUGGAGCUCCGGCAGCAGCCCAAGAACCUCAAAGUGUUGGAGCUGCAGAUCAAGAAGCAGUUCCAGGAUACGUGCAAGGUGCAGACCAAGCAGUACAAGGCCCUACGCCACCACCAGAUGGAGGUCACGCCCAAGGCCGAGCACAAGACGGUGCUCAAGGCCCUGAAGGACGAGCAGACGCGCAAGCUGGCCAUCCUGGCCGAGCAGUACGAGCAGAGCAUCAACGAGAUGAUGGCCUCACAGGCGCUGCGUCUGGAUGAGGCCCAGGAAGCCGAGUGCCAGGCCCUGAGGCAGCAGCUGCAGCAGGAGAUGGAGCUGCUCAACGCCUACCAGAGCAAGAUCAAGAUGCAGACCGAAGCGCAGCACGAGCGCGAGCAGCAGAAGCUGGAGCAGAAGGUGUCGCUGCGCCGGGCUCACCUGGAACAAAAGAUCGAAGAGGAGCUGGGUUCUCUUCAGAAGGAGCGAACUGACCGGAUUAAACACCUUCUGGAGCGUCAGGAGCGGGAGAUCGACAGCUUUGACAUGGAGAGCAUGCGGCUGGGCUUCAGUAACCUGGGCACCUUAGACUUUCCCAAGGACGACUACAGAUGAGGAGGGCGAAGGUCUCCUGGACGUCCGUCUGCCUCAGAACACCGACCUGACCUGACCCAGCCCGACGGUGCCAGAUUUCCCAGCUGCCGACGGCCACUCACUCACUCUCACACACACACACACACGCACGCCUCCAGAACGAGCGUUUCCGUGUGUUUUCUGGGCCGGUCACACGAGGUCAACGGCUGGUUUCAGAGCCCCCCCGCCCGCUCCUCUUCCCCUUGUGACAUCACAAGAUAAUGAAAAACAAAAAAAUGUAGUUGUCAUGUUUUUUUAAUGAUGACUUAGUCCGUGUUUCUUGUUUCUUGUGCAAUGAAAACACUUUUGGUGAGACUAGAAGUGGAGUCGAUCUGGCAGAAGUGGCUCUGCGACCGUGCGUUUGCACACGUUUCUCUUUCCUUUUGGUUCUGUUUCUUUCAACUGAGCAAAAAAUGUCUUGAAGCGAUAAAUCAAACAGCUGAUCCUUCCGCAGCCGUUCGCCUCCGCUGCUCCUUUUCAACUCUUUCUGGUUUUUAUUCAUCGGGACGUUUUUAGGACAAACUUUGGAUCAUUUGAUACUUUGAGAGACAAAUUUGACGACACGUCCAGGUACGCAGAUCAUAACCGUGAGUUCUCCAGGUGGGUGUGGUUCCUGGAGGACAGUGGUACUCCACGUUGUGGUUUCACGUCGCUGCAGCAGAUGUGAAAAAUCAAAUAAUCCACCUGUGAUGUGAGCUCCAGCUGGCACAAAGGGCUUCACGGUGGGGGGUCGGGGGGCGCGUGUAGAUGGAUUUAUGGAGAGCUUUUACUUAUUUUCAUAUUGUAUUUUAACUAUCUCACAAAUCAAAGUGAUUUUUAAAGAUUGUUCUCCUCUUUUCAGUCUUUGGAGUCGUCAUUAUCAACUCUUUUUUUUUUUUUUUUUUUGCUUUACACAACCGUCGAGCUGUAUUUUCUUAUAAACCAGAUCAGUAUGAUGCUUUAUUAUUGCAUGCACUUUAUUUUUUUCCAGGUUUAAAGAAAGCUUGAAUCUGUCGGAGCUUUUAAUUAUAUUUGUAAAUAAAGUGCUCAUCACACAAAUCA